AUGAAGCAUAAACUUACGAAACGAUCCUUAUCUAAUAAACAUCUUCAGCCACGUUCAUUGCCAACGCAAGCAAGACGUUUAUCAACACCACAUGAUUAUAAUAGAACUUUAACACCCAGUAAAACUAAUUCAGGCGCCAAUAUUACUGAUUCAGAUUCUCAUGUAUUAUGUUUAAAACCAAAUGUACCACUAAAAACUCAAAAAUUACUAAAACGUGAUUUAUUACGUUGUAGUAACCAACGUCCAUCACUUCUUGGUGUACAAACAUUACAACCACCUCGUAUUCAUCAUGGAUCACAACCCGUUCAUUCUUUAAACCCAUCAUCAGUUAAUCAUCAGGCUGCUAAACGUCAUGGUUCAUUACCAGAUAAUCCUCAAACACUUCAUGCUACAAUUGAUCGUGUUGGCCCAUGGCCAGAUAUAUCUAUAAACUGUCUUCGUUCAGAAGGAAAUAGUAUUAUACAACCGUUAAAAAACUUUCGUAGUACAAAAAAUUCCCGUUUUUUUUCACCAAAAUAUUAUGCUGCGUUAGCUGAGAAUAAUACAAAAUUCAAGUUUCAGCCGAAACAAUCUUAUAUUGAAGAAUAUCGUAGACAAAAAGGUUAUUUAAUAAGUUCACAACCAACUCCACAAUCAACAUCUUUAUCAUCCUCAUCAUACGGACGAUUACAACGAUCCGAUGAUGAUCAAAUAUCAGCGUAUGGUACAAGCAGUAAUGGUACUGGAAGUUAUACAGCUAGAGAUCGAACUGAUAUGUCAACAGGUAAUUUAUCAGUAUCACAUCGAAGUAUGGUGAAAUCAGCAGAUGAUAUAAGUGAUAAUAAUCGAUUAUCGAGUAAUUCAUUUGUAAAAACUCAAAUAAAUAAUUUACCACCAAUAUCAAUUCGAUAUCAUAAUAAUAAUAACCAUCAUCAUCAUCAUCAUCAUCAACAGCAGCAGCAGCAACAGCAGCAGCAUAAUUUUACUCAAUAUCGACUAGCUCGUCCUGUACCGCAACAUGCACUUACAUUACCAACAAUAGUAUCUUCAACAUUUCAAUAUGUAAAUGAUAUGAAUACAAUUGAAAAACCCUAUAGAGGUCAUAAAAAACUAUCUAUACAAAAUCCAUCGCAAUUAUAUAUUAUUGAUGGUCGACAACAGAAAAGGUAUUAG